CAAACAACCUUGUUGAAAUGAUUGAUAUGACUGUUUCAUCAAUCUUACUCCUUCUUUUAUCUUCAUUGUCUUUCCCGUACUCUUCAUCUUCAUCAUCAACACUUGAUAGUGGCUUCUCCCUCUCCGUGGAUAAACCAGAAGAUGUUCUUGUCUCACCAGAUGGAACCUUCAGUGCUGGCUUCUAUGUCAUCGGUGAAAACGCAUGUGUCUUCGCCAUCUGGUUCACUCGACUACCUCAAUCUUCCCCAAACUCAGCUGUGGUUUGGACAGCCAAUCGAAACCAGCCUGUCAAUGGAAAACGGUCAACACUUUCCCUUCUCAGAACGGGAAACCUUGUUCUCUCCGAUGCUGCGCAGAGGAACGUAUGGUCAAGUGAAACCACCUCGUCAUGGCCGACUCGAUUGACUCUCAACGACAAUGGAAAUCUCGUACUCUCGGAGAUCCAUUCAGAAGAGACGAUUAUUCUAUGGCAGAGCUUUGAUUUCCCGACAGACACUCUGCUUGGUGGCCAACAACUCAAGAAACACACGCAGCUUGUUUCUGCAAGAAGCAACACCAACAUUUCCUCUGGCUUCUACAAGCUAUUCUUCGACACUGACAAUGUUCUUCGCCUUCUUUACGAUACCGCCGACAUCUCCAGCGUGUACUGGCCACCACCAUAUCUCACCAGCUUUGAAGCUGGAAGGUCCACAUACAAUAGUAGUAGAAUCGCAGUGCUGGAUUCUUUUGGCAGUUUCAUUUCAACGGAUCAGUUUAAAUUUACUACAUCGGAUCAUGGGGCAUUCAUGCAAAGAAGAUUGAAAAUCGAUCCCGAUGGGAACAUUCGAGUGUACAGCUUACAGCAGAAUAAUCAAUGGUAUGUAUCGUGGCAAGCUAUACCUGAUUCUUGUAUUGUUCAUGGAAUAUGUGGAGUCAAUAGUAUAUGCAAGUACAAUCCAAGAAAAGGAAGGACAUGCUCGUGUCUUCCGGGAUACAGAGUCAAGAACCAUAGCGAUUGGUCUUAUGGGUGUGAAUCCAAAUUCCAACACACAUGCGACUCAAAUUUCCUAAAAUUUCCCCAUGUCGAGUUUUACGGAAAUGACUAUGUCUAUGUGAAAAACACUAGUUACAAAAACUGUCGGGAUUUAUGCCUUCAAGACUGUGAGUGCAAGGUGUUUCAGUUCACGUUCGAAGAGAACAGUGUGUUUACAUGCUAUAUCAAAAGGAUCCUGAUCAAUGGUCGUCAUUCACCGACCUUUCUAGGAACAUCCUACAUAAGACUUCCUCAAAACAAAAGCAAUAGCAAUAGCAAUUCAUUCUUCGAAGAAGAAGAAUCUGAUCAUGAUAAUGGUCAAGUUUGUUUUGUGAAGCUUGAAAGAGCAUACGCCUCAGGACACGUCAACAGUUUUGUGAAGUUCUUCCUUUGGUUUUCAAUCGCAGUAGGAGCGCUUGAAGUCCUAUGUAUAUGUCUAAUCUGGUGUUCUUUGGAUAGAACCAAGCAGAACUCUAAAGCAAAUCAACAAGGCUACAAUUUUCUUUCUCCUUUUGGGUUCAGAAAAUUUACUUACUCGGAACUAAAAACAGCAACCAAAGGGUUCAAAGAAGAAAUUGGAAGAGGAGCAGGUGGAAUAGUGUACAAAGGAGUAUUGUCAGAUCGACGAGUUGCUGCAAUAAAGAAGCUCAAUGACACUAAUGUUGGGGCCAAACAAGAGGAAGCAGAAUUCCGGGCUGAAAUGACCAUAAUCGGUAGGCUUAAUCACAUGAACUUGAUUGAAAUGUGGGGUUAUUGUGCUGAGGGAAAGCACAGGCUAUUGGUGUACGAGUUCAUGGAGAAUGGUUCUUUAGCUCAAAAUCUCAAAUCAAACACUCUAGAUUGGACAAAAAGAUACAACAUCGCCCUUGGAACAGCAAGGGUUCUAGCCUACUUACAUGAAGAAUGCUUGGAGUGGAUUCUGCACUGUGACAUAAAGCCACAGAAUAUUCUUUUGGAUUCAAAAUACCAACCCAAGGUUGCAGAUUUUGGGUUAUCUAAGCUUUUAAAUCGAAGUGACCAAAACACCCAAAGCUUCUCAAUGAUAAGAGGAACAAGAGGAUAUAUGGCACCCGAGUGGAUUUUCAAUCUGCCAAUAACGUCAAAGGUGGAUGUGUAUAGCUAUGGGAUUGUUGUGCUGGAGAUGAUAACAGGAAGGAGUCCGAUGGCGAUGGCAAGUCUGAGUGAAGAAGGAGAAGAGGCAAUGAAUGGGAGGCUUGUGCCGUGGGCGAGAGAGAAGAGGAAGAAAACGACGUCGGAUCGGAAAGGGUCAAGUUGGGUAGCGCAAAUAAUGGAUCCUGCCAUUGCGUCGAAUUUUGAGAUUGAGAUGAGGAAGAUAGAAACUUUGGCAAGUGUGGCUUUGAAAUGCGUCGAAGAUGACAAAGAUGAAAGGCCCACCAUGAGCCAAGUUGUAGAAAUGCUUCGGAGCCAUGAAGAAGAAGCUUCUUAGUUAUGGUGGCUAAGAAAUAUAUAUAUAUAUAUAUAUAUAGUUAUGUGUCGCCUCUUUGAAAGCGUGCUUAUUCUUUCAUAUAAUAAGUGGAUGAAUAAUUACCUCCCGAACCACGGGCACACAUUAUAUUAUAUCAAUAAAUCGAAUGACUAUGUAUAUAUAGUUGGGCAGCACAAUUUCGGACACUUUUAAAUUGAAUACUUGAUGAUUUACUUAAUUAA